AUGAUCCUUAUUAUAGUCUCCGUUUUCGUGACACCACAAAUGCAGCUCAUGAUUCAGGCUCAGCAACAAGUUCCUUGCAUGUACUUGUUUGGAGACUCACAAUUCGACAACGGCAACAACAAUGUCCUAAUCACGACGUCUAAAACCAAUUAUCGACCGUACGGCAUCGACUAUGUAGACGGUCCAACCGGCAGAUUUUCCAACGGUUUAACCAUACCUGAUGGUCUCGCACUACUAUUAGGCUUUGAUCGUCCAAUUUCACCCUUUGUGGCUGUAAGAGGCUCAUCAGACAUUCUCAGAGGUGUAAAUUAUGGAUCAGGAGGAGCAGGCAUCCUCAGCGACUCAGGGAUAUUAUUGGGCGAUCGUUUCACGAUGGACGAGCAGCUGCAAAAUCACCGAACAAUAAUCGGACGUAUCAGGCCUUCACUUGGGUUUAAUCAAACCGCGGUCAAUGAAUAUCUGAACCAGUGCUUAUACGUCGUGAACAUGGGUAGUAACGACUACCUUAACAACUAUUAUCUGCCGGUUUCGACUUCCCGUCUAUUGUACUCGCCCGACGAGUUUUCCAAGAUCUUGAUCAAGAAGUUCUCUCAACAGCUAAGGAGCUUGUACGACACUGGAGCAAGAAAAGUCGCAGUUUUCGGGGUCGGUUUACUAGGUUGCGUCCCUCAAGAGCUCGCCAAUUUUCCUCCCAACGGGACGCCUUGUGUGGAUUUCAUAAAUAACGGAGUCCAAUUUUUCAACAUGAAGCUCCCGCCACUAAUCGACACCCUCAACGACUUGCCAAAUGCCGAGUUUAUCCUCAUAAACACCACUAGCAUCUCACUUGGAGAUCCUUCACUCGUCGGAAUUCAAGUUACAAACGCUUCGUGCUGCCCCACAGUAAGAAGCACGGGACUGUGUGUACCCAACCAGGUCACGUGCAACAAUAGGGAUGUGUACGUUUUUUGGGACAAUUUUCAUCCGACGGAUAUUGUUAAUCGUGCUACUUCUAGACGAGCGUAUAAAAAGUUGUUGUCGUCGGAUGCAUAUCCAGUUGACAUUGGAACUCUAGUGCAGCAGUAA